AUGGAAUUUUUACAUAAUAUGACAAGUAAUGAAAAUAAUUUAUCUUCCACCACAGUACCCAUUCCAUCCCCAAACGGGCUAACUGUGCAACAAAUUCUGCAUGUUAUCUAUGGUAUCCUAGCUUUUAUUGCUAUAUUCGGCAAUGGCCUUGUCUUUACAAUUAUUGCUACUUAUCGACGUGGAAGGAUGAUACGAUCAGGCACCAAUUUACUUAUCGCCAGUAUGGCUAUAAUGGAUAUGAUGACUGGUAUUACGAUAUAUGCUAUGCCGACAUUUGUUGUCCCAGCAAAGAGUUAUCCGUAUCCAAAAGAUGCUUUAAGUUGCAAUAUAUUUUGUCACAUUGUUGCUUCAGAAUAUUUGCUAUUCUAUUUUGGAUUUGGUUCUGUUUUAACUGUGACUGCUAUCGCAGUAGAGAGAUGGAUAGCAAUAUCUAGGCCAUUUAGUUACAGAAAAAUUGUGACAACUAAAAGGGUUAAAAUUUAUAUUGUUAUUUUAUGGAUACUUUGCUUGUUCCUAUCAAUUGAUGUUAUGCUACAAAAUGAAUAUGUAGCGAACAGUACAAUACCGUGUCAAUUCAACUCAUUUGCUAGGCACCAACCUGGAAAAAGUAUAUUCUUGGCAUUAGAGAUAAUACGCUUAUUUUUCCCCGUUCUCUUAACCUUGAUCUGUUAUGCAGAUAUUGCUAGAAGAACACUAUUUUCUAGUAAGGUUGAUACCUUAGACCAAAAUUCUAAUCGUAAAAUGAGUAUUCGACGUAAAUCAAAACGAAAAGUAACUAUUAUGUCAGCUAUAGCCGCUCUGGCUUUUAUUUCAUGUUGGUUACCUAAUGAGAUUUAUUUUACUCUCACGGCUUUCAAUCAAACUGCCUAUGAUCUUACAACAACUCGCAUAACCAAAUCAUUAAUAAUAUUAAGUUCAUGUCUAAGUCCAUUUAUAUAUUCUGCUACAAAUGAAGAAUACAGAAAAGGAUUAAAUUCAUUACUGAGACCGAUCCACCUUAUUGAUACAGCUGGAUGUCAAUGUACUAUUCAAUACUCAGUUCAAAUCAGUAGAACUGAAAGUAGCAUCAAUAAUAUUGCAGUAUUAAACUAA